AAAAAUACAUAAACAUGUAUUUUUUAAUUGAAACAUUUUAGUCACUUUGGAAACAACAAAUUCUCCGCAGUCAAAAGUAUGUUCGUCGCGGACUACUUCGUCGUAGUGUAUUUUAACAAAUGAACGUUUAAAAUAGAGCACAUUUUAUAAACAAUUGUGAUACAUUAAAUGAUUAUUUAAUAAAUAAAUAUUAUUUAUAAGCUUGUAAAUUAUAUAUUAUAAAAAAUACUGACUUGCGUUUAUGUCAUAAUUAGUAGAAAAAAAUAGUUAUUAAGGUCGAACCAGUUCCCGCCAAAAAGGUGUAUAAAUAUUUCCGUUUAACCAUGGCCAUACGUUUACAUAUAAAUCAUGAUUUAUCCGAAGUAAAAGAGAAUGUGUUACAUUUAAUGCCAUGCAAAAUUUAUGGAGACGAAUCUGCUAAUGUUUCUUCUUAUUUUACUCCUUAUAUCCGUAACAUAGACGGCGAACAUUAUAAUGCAUCCUUUCGUGGGCACCCGCUGCAAGGGAAAAAGAUAGUAAUACCUUCUGGAUAUAAAGGUCUUACGUUUCUUGAACAGAAAAAAUCGGAAACAGAAAAUGUAGAACGGAAUUUAUAUUCUACAGGGACUUUUUCAUGUUUCACUUAUUGGAACUAUGAUAAACUUCCAUCCAAAAAUGAUGCUUUAGCAGCAGCAAUGGAUUGGAUUGAUAUUGCUGAAGCAAUGGUAAAGGUGGAGUAAUGAUAUUUUCAUGUACAAUGGCAGUGUUAAAGAUGAUAAAACUUAUCCCAAAUGAAAAACAAUGAUCAUAUUUUAAAAUUAAAAACAUUAAAAAAUGUCUAUUAUUCGUAUAAUGGCUAUAUAUGUAUUUGUAUAUAUAUAUUUCAAAAAUGGCAGUAAGUAUACUCUGUAUAUUGGGAUAAAUCUCAUAAAUUUAUCUCAAAGAUUAUUAAAUUAUAAACAAAACUUAUUUUACAAAAAUAAAAUCUGUUGAAACAGAAGUAUAAAUUAA